AUGGGCAAGAAAUCAAACAGAUUCUUGAGCCUCACCACUCCUCCUCCUCUGUCCAGACAUCCAUGGAUCUAUGUCAAUGACCCGACAACCAACACUCCCCAUGCCGCCAGUCUCAAAGACAUGAUCGGCGAGUGUAUCAUGUCCGGCCACAUCAAACCCGACGAGAACCUCUCCGCGACUGAAGAAUCAGAAACUGAGAAGCUGGGUUACUGUCUUGAUAGUCUCAAAGACGACGCCACCUUUGGCGCUGGCCAGAACGUGUUCCUCAUCACCGAGCAUCUUGCAGACUCCAAGACCACUGACAAGCUCGAGACCGCCAAGAAGUUCCGCGAGCAGGCUAUCAAGGGCGGACGCAACUUUGCCAGUGUGAAUCUGUAUCUUCAAAAUGGUACAAAGGAGAAGGAGCAAGCGAAGUGGGGACCAAAUCAUCUUGAACUGGGUAUUACGAACAUGACCGUCAAGGAAGUCGCCCAAAGCAUCUACCAAUGGCUAUUCACCGUGCUGUCCCCAACCGAGCAUGUUCACCUCAUCCCCAAGGCCAAACUCCAGGCCGUCGACAAGCAGAACUUCGGAGACUACAAAUACUGCCCGAUUGCUGAUACCAAGAGUCACCCAAAGGAUGCCAAGAUCCAGUUCGUGGUUGUCAUCGUCACGAAGCCAGUCGUCGUUCCGAAUACUCAGCGUCUGCAGUGGACUGUGGCUGACAAGUCCGGCAUGGGAAAUUUCUACUUCCAAUACCGCGGCGCCACUUCGCAGUUCACUUGGGAUUGGGUGCUCGCCCUCAAACCGGGAGAUGUCAAAGCUCUUCCCCGCAUGCCGAUGGUUCAAGUCAAGGAGUCUCGUCGCCUCCGAAUUGCCAAGUUCCCGCUGCGUACCGCUGGCUCUGCGAUCUCGGGAGUUGGCCUCGCCCUCAAAACGGUAGGCCACGGUGUCGCCAAACUCGGCGACAUCGCUUCCAUGGGCAAAGCCGCAGAGUGGGUUCCGUCGGGUGACGUGGCCAUCGAGAAGAAUGGCAAGAUGAAGAAAAUCGACUGGACCGCGAAAUUCGCGCAGGAACGCAAGGAUCGAGUGGCAAAGCUCGAGAAGACGGAGCGCUGGAACUGUGCGAAGCUGAAGGCUGCCAUGAAGAAGCAAGGCCCGACGAAAGAAAAGGACAGUGAUUGUGUGGGUGACUCGAGCACGUUGAGAGGGAGUGAGUACGAGAACGAGAAGGCUAUAGUGUCGGAGAAAGAGUUCUGCUAG